CAACAGUCCAGCCCAAGUGUAUAUAUGAUGGGAAAUAGCAGACAGGAACUUGACCUAUUUAUAUGGAACAAAGCACGACACCACCGGUCAUGUCUGCACGCGAAUGAUCAUACCAGACAAACACGUCACGAAAAUUCUUUGGAAAAAAUAGGAUUGGUUCAAUGACAAAAUAUCAACAACCAGCUAUAACUAACGACAUGAAAGGGUUAUAAUGAGAAAAAUGUCUCCUUACCGUUUGGGACCGCUGUCUUAACGUCCAUCUAUGACCGAGUUUUGGGUCUUUCCACAGCAACUUGACCUAUUUACCUUUUCCACCUUUCCCAUCAUGCACUAUUAAAAUGUCAGCGUCCACGGAUUUGCUUCCGGGUUCUGUGAAGGAGGCGUAUUAUUCCUAACAUUUGCUCGCAUAAAAUGGAACUUAUUACGCACAACGAUGAAUAAUGGUUAAUUUGUACUGAUGUAAGAGAAGAAAACACAACACCAUGUCAGCGACGGUGAAGAAAGACUUUGAGUUUGUAUUCAGCAGUAAGGAACAAAAGUCUAAACUGACCGUCCCUAUCACCAUACCUUUAAGCCAGACACGCAUCAAGGAGUUUGUGGGGCGGUUGGUUACUGCACAUGACUUGCCCUGCUAUGUGGAAGAAGAUUUACGGAAACAGCUACAAACCUUUGUAACUAAGGAAUCCAGCAGAUUGUUUGAUGAGCAUGCUGAGGAGGUCAUGGCCAAGGUGACUAAGGAUGCAAAACAGGUUGAUGACUUAGUUGUGAAAUGGACCAAGGCAUACAAUCAGGAAGUAAAGACGUAUGCAAAAACAGAAGAGGUAAGCCAGGAGCAGCGGUUCUCUGAGGUAUACCACAGUUUGAUCCAUUCCCCAGCUUUAGACACCCUUCUCAACCUUGAGCAUACGUACUCUCUCACUGUGGAGGACUUGAUACACCAGAGGGACAAGGACUUGGAGCACCUUGAGGAAAGACAGGGAAAGGAUAUGCAGCAGGCAUUGAAUACUGGUAAAGGAAACACAUAUACAGAUGAGCAAAUCAGCCAACUGGCUCAGAGACAUUUUGAUAACGCUCAGUUAAUAGAAAGUAAAUGGACUAGUGAGUUAAACAAUCUGAAGGAAAUCCAGAAACGUGAAUUCCGAGAGUGGAUUAUUAAAGUUCAUGAAGACACCCAAACUCCAGCUAAAUCCCCUUCUUACAUUGGACGAGUAAGGGCUAUGAGCAACACUCUGCCCGAGGCUGAGGAGGAGGAAAGGACGUCGGCCAUAACUCGACUGGAGGAAAGCUUCACAGUACAUCUGGGUGCCCAGAUGAAAACUACUCAUAACCUUCGUCUUCUAUGUACAGAUGUGCUUGAUCUUUGUCGUCACAAAACACACACAGUUGGUGGUCUGGUGAUACCUCAGCCCCAGAGGCUACAGACAGCCAUGUCUCUAUACUCUAAUAACCUAUGUGGCCUCAUUCUCAUGGUGGACAAUCGUCUCAACUCCUACACUGGGAUCAAACGGGAUUUUUCCAAAGUGUGUGAACAGUCAACAGACUUCCAUUUUCCUAGUCUGGACCAACAGUUCAGUAAUGUUGAUAAAGAGAUAGCAAAAUUCAAUGAACUGAAAGCUCAGAAAAAGAUGUCGGAAGAGGGAGAUAAAAUCAGCAUUAAAAGUAGUAGUAGCAGUUCAAGUGGAGACACCCAACUGGACAAGGGCAAUAAAAUCCAGGUUGGAGAUUUUUACAUCACGAAACAUUCCAAUCUGUCAGAAGUACAUACAGUGUUCCAUCUUGUCAUGGACGACAGUACAAGGUCGAUUGAUAUCUCGUCCAGACACCCUGUCAUCCUCAGCAUCCGUAACAUUAUCAAGCUGUGUUUCCGUUCAGACAUCACCACCCUCACCAUCCCACUUCUGCUUAGUCACGAAAUGUCAGAGGAGAUGACUAUACAGUGGUGCCAGAGAAGAGCUGAACUGAUGUUCAAGUGUGUCAAGGGAUUCAUGAUGGAGAUGGUAACAUACGGCGGUCAGAAUUCUCGCACCAUCCAGUUCCUUGUUCCUUGUGGACUGUCAGAGGAAAUGUUCGCUAGCAUUAGUAACCUGCUUACUACCAUCUUCAGACUAUCAAAUCCAGUGGUUGUCAAGUCUAGUCAAGCAUCACAUGUCGGGCGAUGACAUCAACAUAUCCUAGUUUUGAUAUACUGUUUGGGAAACUGGUAUAGAAAUGUGUACAUAUGUACCAAAUUUCCAUAUUAAAAGUCUCAAAUCAUACAUUUUUAUAUAAUCUGGAGAUAAAAAUGAUUGAUUUUGACAGCUGAUACAGCUUCUGUCUAGCAUUGUUAAGAUGUAUAAAUGUUUGCUGUGGUGCCAAAUUGUGAUACAUUUGAAUUCCAAAUCACUUUAUUUUCGUGAGCUUGAAUUUUGUGGAGCCACAUUCGGUAGUAAAUUUAAUUUUUUUCAAAAAUCAAUUCGUAAACAAAUGAUAAUGUUGAAAUUUAUACAGUAUCAAUCACAAAUUACUAAACAAACCAAAUAUUAAGGUCCUCUGAAUUUAUUUAAGUAUGUACAGUCAAACCUGUCUAUAAAGGCCACCUGUGUACAUGCCUCAUUUGUGCCAUAAUUUUCAAUUUUAAUACAUUAAAUUCCAUUUAUUUUAGGGGAUAUUGUGUAGUUCAGGUCAACUACUUAAUAAGUCAUUCCACUCAAACAACUAGAGAAUAUUUGUGAAUCAUAUUAUGCCCCCAGCCCUGAAAACUAAAACUUCAUCUGUAGGUUUUGGCUUGGACUGUAUCAAUUCAAAUGCUACCAAUAUAUGUCCCAUACGAUGAAAUUGAAGGAGCAUGUAUUUGCAUGAUCUCCUCUUCCUAACUGAUAUUAAGCAGCAUAAUUUACAAUACCCUUUCAACCAAACUGCUGGCAGUGACCCUUCCUCACGGUUGUAAUGUUUUGGUAUUCAUAUGAUUGGUAAACUGGUAAAUUUGUAAUUGGAUGUUGUCCAAAAUCAUUGUCUUGUCCAAACUCCUGGUGUUCUCCAUAUUCAUUAUGUUGGCCCAAAGGCACUAGGUUCAGUCUCCCCAAACAGAAAUUGUCAAAGUGCAAUAUGUAUUUUUGUGUUAAGUUUAAUUUUGUAAAAAUUGUUGAAUGUUACCCUUGGAUAACAUAAUAGAUAAUAAAAAAAAUGAUCAAUA